CUUAUAUAUUUUCUAGCCUGUUAAGCUACCAAGCCAGCUAGACAGAUGUAAGCUAGCCCAGAUAUAAACUAGACAAAGAAAGGUUGUGAAGAGACUGAGUGAAAAAAGAGUUUAAAGUAACGGGAGGGCGCAAGGAGCGACUGUGACACAAAGCUACAUGCGUUAUUCGAUAUAUGUGGAAGUAUGAAACUGAAAGAGUGGAACAUGAAGAUGGGGCCAUGAAGGAUCCUGUGAUAACUUAGGGGAGAAAAAGAAACUGCAUCUUUGUACAUUUCAACCAUUCAAGAGUUCAACUAAUUUCCAAAAUUUGACGUCAGUCCCAAGAUGGAGUGAGAAUGCAGACUUUUUUGUGCUUUAAGGACGAGAGUGAGUGGUACCCCGAAGCCGGUGAUGUCACGGGUUCCCACCCCUCCUCCCCCAGGGGAGAUGUCAAGUGGACCUGUGGCAGAGAGCUGGUGUUACACACAGGUCAAAGUUGUGAAGUUUUCCUACAUGUGGACCAUAAACAAUUUUAGUUUUUGCAGAGAAGAAAUGGGGGAGGUGCUGAAGAGCUCAACCUUCUCCUCUGGCCCUAAUGACAAGAUGAAAUGGUGUCUGCGAGUCAAUCCAAAGGGACUUGAUGAUGAAAGCAAAGAUUAUCUGUCACUGUAUUUACUUCUUGUUAGUUGUCCAAAAAGUGAAGUCAGAGCAAAGUUCAAGUUUUCUUUGUUGAACGCUAAAAGAGAGGAGACAAAAGCGAUGGAAAGCCAAAGAGCAUAUAGAUUUGUCCAAGGCAAAGACUGGGGCUUCAAAAAAUUUAUAAGGAGAGAUUUCCUCCUUGAUGAAGCGAAUGGACUCUUACCAGACGACAAGCUCACGCUGUUCUGUGAGGUAAGCGUCGUCCAGGAUUCGGUUAACAUUUCAGGACAGUCCAACAUGAACAUGCUGAAGGUACCAGAAUGUCAGCUGUCUGAUGACCUGGGGAACCUGUGGGAGUGUUCACGCUUCACAGACUGCAGCCUCUACGUCGGAGGGCAGGAGUUCAAAGCUCACAAAUCCAUCCUUGCAGCGAGGUCACCAGUUUUUAAUGCCAUGUUUGAACACGAAAUGGAGGAAAGUAAAAAGAACCGGGUGGACAUCAGCGACGUAGAUCCAGAUGUCUUUAAGGAAAUGAUGGGUUUCAUAUAUACAGGAAAGGCCCCGAACCUGGAGAAGAUGGCAGACAAUUUGCUGGCAGCUGCAGAUAAAUACGCUCUGGAGCGUUUAAAGGUCAUGUGUGAAGAGGCCUUGUGCAACAGCCUUUCAGUGGAGAAUGUGGCCGACACCCUCAUCCUAGCAGACUUGCACAGCGCCGAGCAGCUCAAAGCACAAGCCAUAGAUUUUAUCAACAGGUGCAGUGUCCUGAGACAGCUGGGCUGUAAAGAUGGAAAGAACUGGAAUAGCAAUCAUGCCACAGAUAUAAUGGAGACUGCAGGCUGGAAGUCAAUGAUCCAAUCCCAUCCUCACUUGGUAGCCGAGGCCUUCCGUGCCCUGGCUUCAGCACAGUGCCCACCCUUUGGUCUUCCCAGGAAGCGUCUAAAACAGUCCUGACUCCCUGACUGUGCCUCAAGACUUUACUGGAGGUGUGACGCAUGGGUUUACAAAGAAAGGACUAGCGAGGGUACCACUCUUAUUCCCACCAAAACUGAACACACUUGAAUAAAAGAAGAGUGGAGCUUUCUGGCCAGGGAUGUGGGGAGGCUGGCACGUUGGACGACUGACAUCAGUGGAUUGGGGAAAAAAUUGGUAAAAUUGGUGUUGCUUGCUUGCUUUGCUGCCCCAACUGAAGAAUUCUCUUCAGCCUGGGUAGCAAGUCAAGCUGUCUGCUACUGUUUUUUUCCUGUAAUUUUGAAAAUGGCCUUAAUAUAUCUGCCAUUGCUCUGGAGCCGCUCUAGAGUACUUUGUCUAUUUUACUCUGUGCCUGCCUUGUCACAAAGACCAGGCCUCCUCCAGGUUGCACUAGUUCCCAUGAAUAGUCAUUUUGAUAUGGAGUUCUAUAGGAACGUAACAAAGGUUUAACUAAAUGGGAAAUAUUAUAUAUUUGUAAUGUUUAGCCCGUUUUGUGACUAGACAUUAAAAAGCAUGAACACUUUCAGUGCAAGGUCAGUUCUUUACACUUUUUAAAAGAUGUGUAUGCCCCAUAUUGAUGGCACCAUUUCUAUGUAAAUGACAGUUGAACCAUCUUCAGAAGACCAGUGUACAAGAAAGUCUGUUGCAUAUUUGUGGGGAAAAAUUGUGAUCUGCCAUUAUGAAGACCCAGUGUCAAUCCUUCUAAUACACGUUAGACGGAAAAGUGUCUAUACUUUGGCCCUAAUAUAUUAAAACAUUGGAAGUAUAUGGAAGUAUUUACUCAGUCUCCCAUUUGAAUGACAUAUUCCAGAUCAUACGUCUGUGAACUGUUCUAGAUUAAAUUUUGAGAAUUUCUGUCCUUAGUAUCGCCAACAUGCAAAUAUUAUAUAUUCUCAAUAUAUUGUGGUUAACUAAAAGUGGAGAGACUAAUGCAUGGUCAUGUUAUUGUCAAAGAAAGUGUCCAAGUACCAAUUUUGUUUUUAACAAUUUAUUUUCUGCCAUUAUCUGACAUAUUUGUGCAGAAUUAAAUGAAUUGAGUAUGUGCAAAAAAAAAGAAAAAAAAAAAAGAAUCCUCUUAACAUGCUUGGAUAUUUUGUAGGAUGCUGAGCAUCACUUCUACUGGCAAUGUUAUUCUGUGUUUGAAUGGGGGGUUGUCAUGUUUAUUCAGUCCGUCUCGUAUGUAGUGUGGUGUGACCGACACUUCAGAGGAUUUUGUAAAUUAAAAGAGUAGCAUCAUUUUUACAUGAUAUUACUCAUCAUUCAGCGUCAUGUUGAGAUGUUGAAACCUCUUUUUGUUUGGAAGCAGAAAAGAUGAAGUUGUUGUCUGCAAGAAUGCCUGCAUUAACCCAUUAAACCAUUUUCCAGCAGUCUGAAGCA